AUGCCACCACAUUCGUCAGUCUUGCGUCAGUCACAGCCUUCAGACAUAGCGGCGUCUAUAGAGGUGGUUGUGUCUGCCCAGCGCCGUGAUGUGCGCACAACCACGGCCAUCAUGGAUUUCUCGUGUCAAGAAUACGCAGAGAUGCAUUUUAUCUACGGUUAUUGUAAUGGUAACGCACUUGCUGCAAGAAGAAAAUACGAAGCCCGAUACCCGGACCGACGAAUCCCUAGCUCAUCAGUCUUUACAAGAUUGCAUCAGCGGCUUGUGGAGAGUGGCACGGUUAAAAAAAACCCCUCUGAGAAAACUGCCAAGUGGGUUCUCAUACAACACAAGAGGUAUACCCCAUACAGUGGGAUGACAAUCAACCCAGCAGAGAGCCUCAAUGCUGUGUUAAAACGAUUUUUGCACUGUAAAGAGGAGGGGGAGGUCCCGGCCCGACCAUCGCCACGGGCAGCGGAGCAGUCUCCUCAGCCCGACCGACCGACCUCGCCGACGGUGGAUCCCCAGCCGGCCAUCGUCCCUCCGCUGGCCGCUUCACCUCCACGCCGAGUCAGGUUCGCUUCGCCGCCUCGGCGGCGGAUCCAGAUUUCUCCGCCCCGACCUCGCAACCGCCCUGCCUCUCCAUCCCGUCCACGUCUUAACCUUUCCUCUGUGCCCCGUUCUCAUCCUCGCCCCGCCUCCCCGCUCCGUCAUCAUCGCCGCCCCGCCUCUCCACCUCGUCCUCAUCGCCGACCCGCCUCUCCACCUCGUCCUCAUCGCUACCCCGCCUCUCUAUCUCGUCUUCAUCGCCACCCGCCUCUCCACCUCGUCCUCAUCGCCGACCCGCCUCUCCACCUCGUCCUUAUCGCCACCCCGCCUCUCUAUCUCGUCUUCAUCGCCACCCGCCUCUCCACCUCGUCCUCAUCGCCACCCCGCCUCUCUAUCUCGUCCUCAUCGCCACCCCGUCCCUCUAUCUCGUCCUCAUCGCCACCCCGCCUCUCUAUCUCGUCCUCAUCGCCACCCGCCUCUCCACCUCGUCCUCAUCGCCGACCCGCCUCUCCACCUCGUCCUCAUCGCCACCCCGCCUCUCUAUCUCGUCCUCAUCGCCACCCCGCCUCUCUAUCUCGUCCUCAUCGCCACCCUGCCUCUCUAUCUCGUCCUCAUCGCCACCCCGCCUCUCUAUCUCGUCUUCAUCGCCACCCGCCUCUCCACCUCGUCUUCAUCGCCGCCCUGCCUCUCCACCUCGUCGUCAUCGCCGCCCCACCUCCCCGCCCUGUCAUCCUCGCCGUCCCGCCUCUCCGCCCCUUCGUCGCUGCCGUCCCGUCUCUCCAGCCCGUCAUCGACGCCGUCCCGCCUCACCACCCAGUCACCAUCCUGGCCCCGCCGCACUGCAUCGCCCACGUCUUGUUUUGCCGCCUCAUCGCCUGCCCGAGCGUCACCGUCGCGACUCCCCUCCUCGCCGCCCACGUCUGGGAGGAGCACCAGCUGGAGCCGAAGCGGGCCGAGCGCGCCGCAGACCGUCCCCCAUCAUCUGGGAACCUGCUCGACCGAGUGGCCUGGCCCGAGACCCUGUUCGCCGGACGGAGCCUGAAGAGACGGUCACAGGGAACGCCCUUCCGCUGUCCCGGGCGGUCCUACUACGGCUGGUAG